AUGAAGUCCAAAGACCUGAAGAUCCUCCGAAAGAAAAUCACGAAGCUCAAUCGUAUUGAAUAUAAUCCGAUGUCGAAAUUCGUUGAAGGUGAUUUGAAAUUGAAGUUGGCAAAGGCUGAUGAAGGUGCCGAAUCGUUGACGAUUGCGUUUGUCCCAUCAAAGAGUUUGGAAGAAAGAAGGCUAAAAGAAUGUCUAUUGCUCUUCGAAGAGAAUAUGGGCGACUUAUAUCGCAAGAGUUCCUGGGGUCUGAACAUGGAUGAGAAAACCAAGGAGCUCCAACACGAAAACGCAAGAUUUCUACUAUUGUUGACAAAUGCCAAUGAAUUGGGUGGGUUCGUACACUUUCGGUUCGAAUAUGAUGACGACGAAACACCAAGUACAGGCGUCCUGUAUCUGUAUGAGAUACAAAUCAGUGCAAAGUUUCGCAGUCAGGGCAUUGGAACCAAGGUCAUGGGACUGAUUGAAAGAAUUGCUGUAGAUGCUGAGUUGCCUCGUGUCAUGUUGACAGCGUUCCGUCAGUCUCGGGCAGCAAAGUUCUACAAAGAUCUCAAAUAUUCAAUAGAUGAAACGGAUCCCAGCAACUACAAUCAAGUCGUUGAUUAUCAGAUCUUCAGUCGUGCGCUACAAUGA